UUUUUGAAGAAAUUGGAACACUUGUAAAUUCCCAGGGAAAUUCCAUUGUAUUAAACGCGGCAAGACUUGAAAAUGUGUUCGUUUUCUAAAAUGAUAGACAUUUGUCCCGGUGAUUUGUAGUUUGGUCCUGCCUUUGGAAAAAGCUUGCAAUCAUGGCUAUAAGUAGUGAUGAAGUGAACUUUUUGGUAUACAGAUAUCUACAGGAGUCUGGGUUCCCACAUUCUGCUUUCAGUUUUGGAGUGGAAAGUAAUUCUAUUCAUUCAAGUAUUGAUGGUGUUUCAAUACCCUCUGGUGCUUUAAUUUCUGUGCUUCAGAAGGGAGUGCAAUUUGUAGAAGCAGAAGCAUGCUUUGGAGAGGAUGGAACUUUUUACGGUGAAGGUGAACUGUCUUUAGUAGAAGCUGUAAAUCCAUCUGCAGUUUCUGAUUUACAUACCAAAGCGCUGAGACAUUUAGAGGAUAAGGCCAAAGAAGCGUUGAGUUUUAUUGACGUGGCAAGUGGUCCUGAGUUCCCCAACACGAAAGUGACGACUCUGGAGGGACAUCAGUCAGAGGUAUGUGUGUGCAGCUGGAACCCAAGUGUUGACGUCUUAGCUUCUGGCGCUGGUGAUGCCACCGUUAGAUUAUGGCCGUUUACAAAUACUGAGGAUAUUAAAGAAGUCACUCCGUUGGUGUUGCCUCAGGAGGAAAAGGACAGCGAAAAUAUUCCGGGGAACAUCCCUCAGGGGAAAGAUGUUACAGCACUAGAUUGGAAUAACGACGGGACAUUAUUAGCUACUGGUUUGUACAAUGGCCAUGUAAAGAUAUGGAAUAACGAGGGUCAAGAAGUUGUGACAUUGAAGGAACAUAAAGGUGUAAUUUUCUGUGUGAAAUGGAACGACAAAGGCAGUUACCUUCUUUCUGCUGCUAUUGACCAGUUAUGUAUAGUGUGGGACACAACAACGUGGCAAGUCAAGCAACAGUUUUCUUUACAUCAAGCCCCAACAUUAGAUAUUGAUUGGCAAAAUACAAGCACAUUUGCUUCGUGUUCACCUGAUAAGACAAUCCAUGUUUGUAAAGUCGGCGUUGAGAAAUCCGUGAAAACGUUCGAAGGACAUACGGGUGAAAUAAAUGCGAUAAAAUGGGAUCCGUCAGGCACUUUACUUGCUUCGUGUUCUGACGAUGGCAGUGCAAAGGUAUGGAGUUUGAAGAACGACGCUCCUGUACAUAGCUAUCAGAAUGACGCAAAAGACCAAGUUUAUACUUUGGAAUGGAGCCCAAGUGGACCUGGAAGUUUUAACGUCACAAUCCCUCCGUGUUUAGCAACUGCUUCUCUAGACGGUGUUGUACGUAUAUGGGAAAACGAGACCGGCAGCUGUUCACUUACCUUGGCUGGACACAGAGAGCCCGUAUACUCAGUUUCGUACAGUCCGGACGCAAAAUUUAUUGCGACCGGAUCCAGCGAUAGAUGCGUAAAUAUUUGGUCGACUCAGAAUGGAACUUUGCUUUAUACGUACCAAGGAUCCGGGCCGAUAUUCCAAUUACAGUGGAGUCCUAGGGGGGACAAGCUUGCUGCUUGUGUUUCUGAUACUACCGUAAAACUUCUUGACGUCCGUGUUUUGUAAUAGAGGGAGAAAUUGUUUGUACAAAGAGAACACAUGCAACGAGACGACAGGGAAAAUCUGUGAUAAAGGUGCAUGGCGGGACCUGCAACAUGAACUAGAAAGGAGGAGCAUGAGGGGCAGGACUGGAAAUUUAAGCACGAAGAACGGCAACGCGACGAUGACAACCAAAGCAAAUAGGUGCACGGUUUGCAAAAAGAUAUUUGUAUAUAUUAUUCAUGAAGCGUAAAAAUGGAAUUGAAAUCAACUUAGGCAAUUAAUGCAAUAUUUUAUCAACUUUCACAAAACGACCGUACUCAGUUAUAACAUAUCGCAUCGCCGUCCUGCAUACUUGGCUGCUUUCCACUGUCGCGUUUUUGAAACUCGCGUUUUAAAACUCUUUAAGUUGUUGUAUGAUUAUUUAUACCAGAAAAAAACACGCCAAAUCAUCAACAGAAUCCAACCCUAUGCAUCUAUUUAAUCGUUGAUUUCA